CAAAUUUAACCACAACUUGUCUGUGAAUUUAACGACUUUUGAAAAUGUAAUCUAUAAAAUAAUGCUUACAAGAAAUUAAGUUAAAUUAUUAUAGCGAAUGCAAGUUUUACUUUUUGAUAGUUAUCAUGAAUCAACCUUCAAAUAAUAAACGAAAGAGCACAGCUCUAAAUACUUCAGUGGAUGAAGAAGAUGAUGUGAAUUUUUCUGAUGAGGAGGGUACAAGGGUAGAUGGAAUUUACAUCCCUCCACCAACAAAACCUGUCUGUUCUUUUGAUCCUACUGGACCUAGAUUGAUAAUAACGAAAAUUGUAAAUAACUUCUUUAAAAGUUAUGCCAAUGAGCAAACUCUCGGUCCAUUCCAUAAAUGUUUCAAUGCUAUUAUUGGUCCAAAUGGUAGUGGUAAAAGUAAUGUAAUUGAUUCUAUGUUAUUUGUAUUUGGCUAUCGAGCAACAAAAAUACGGUGUAAAAAGGUAUCAGUUUUGCUCCACAAUUCUGAGAAUUAUCCCAAUGUGCAAUCAGCUACAGUGGAAGUACAUUUUGCUCAAAUAAUUGAUAAGGAAGGUGAUGAAUAUGAUAUCAUUCCUGGAAGUGAAUUUGUUGUUACUAGAACUGCUAUGAAAGAUAAUUCUUCGUAUUAUACAUUGAAUGGUUCUAGAGUACAUUUCAAAGAAGUAGCUGUUUUAUUGAAGAAACAUGGAAUUGAUUUAGAUCAUAAUAGGUUUCUCAUCCUUCAGGGUGAAGUAGAACAGAUAGCCAUGAUGAAAUGUAAGGCAGAUAAUCCAAAUGAACCUGGAAUGUUAGAAUAUUUGGAAGAUAUUAUUGGAACUUCCAGAUAUAUCAAACCCUUAGAGCUUUUAAAUGAAAGAGUUGAAACUCUUUCUGAUGCAAGAUCAGAAAAAGUCAAUCGUUUAAAACUUGUACAGAAAGAAUUAGAGGAAUUACAAGGCCCUAUGGCAGAGGCUGUUGAUUACUUGAAAGCGGAAAAUACUGUUGCUACUUGCAAAAAUAUUCUUUACCAAAAAAAUAUUUUUGAUUUGGAAGAUGAACUUCAAGCAUCAGAGGAAGAGAAAAAUGGGAUCCAAACUGUGAAGAAUGAAAUUUCAGGAAAAAUUGAAAGUAUUACUAAAUCUAAAGUAGAAAAAGAAGAAGCUUUGAAUAAAGAAUCUGAAAAAUACAGUUCACUUCAAAAAAGAAAAAAUAAACUGAAAGAAGCAUUUGAGAGAGCCAACAAUAAAGAUGUGGAGUUACAAGCUGAGAUGGUUCAAGUAAAUAAAAACCGAAAAAAAACUAUGGAGCUUCUAGCAGAAGAAAAGAAGAAAUUACAGCAGUAUGAAAAGACACCAGAGGAGAGUGAAAAGGGCAUUGAAGAAUGUAUGAAAAAGGAAGAAAAACUUUCCCAUAAAAAACAAGCGCUGGAUGCAGAAAAAACUGAACUGCUUGCUACCAUAAAGACUGAAACAAAACCGUUGCAAGAAAAAAAAGAAAUUCUCGAAAAUGAAUUGGUGGAAUUGAAAAGAAGUGUGGAUGAAACCAAGUCUGCGUAUGCUCUUGCGGAGUCAGAACUGAAACUCUGUAUGACCAACGAGGAAAAUGAGAAAAACAAAUAUGAAACCCUUAAAUCCAGUUAUGAAAGUGCCAAUUCCUUGAUCAGACAGAGGCAAGAUGAGCUAGUCGCCCUUAAAACUAAAAUUCCCUUGACUGAGAAAUCUUUGAGAGGGGCUUCAUCCGAAUUAAAUGCAGUGAGAGAUGAGGAAACACGAAUCCGAAUGGAAAUAAAUAAGAAAAGAGCCCAUCUAGAAGAGUCCCGAUCUUCUAUGAACGCCUCGAAAUCGAAGACCAAAGUUUUAGAUUCCUUGAUGAAACAGAAGGAAGAUGGUAAUUGUCCAGGCCUAUUUGGAAGAUUGGGUGAUCUUGGAGCAAUCGACCAAAAAUAUGAUGUUGCUAUUUCAACAGCUUGUGGUCCUUUGGAUAACAUUGUUGUAGACAGUGUAUCAACUGCACAAUGGUGUAUUGAGUUCUUGAAACAAUAUGAUAUUGGGAGAGCUACCUUUAUAGCUCUUGAAAAACAGGAGCAUUUGCGUCAUUAUGCUACCUCCAGAAUUCAAACACCAGAAAAUGUUCCUCGUUUAUACGACCUUGUUCGAGUUCAAGAUGAUCGGGUUAGGACAGCAUUUUAUUAUGCCCUGAGAGAUACAUUGGUGGCUAAUGACUUAGAUCAAGCAUCAAGGAUUGCUUAUGGUUCCAAAAGAUACAGAGUUGUAACUUUGAAAGGAGACCUCAUAGAAACCACUGGUACAAUGAGUGGUGGAGGUAGAUCAGUAUUGAGAGGAAGAAUGGGUCAAUCUGUAGCUGUAUCUACAACAAACCAAAGCGAUUUAGAUAAAGUGGAGAAAGAACUUCAAGUUUUGGAAGAACGUUUCAGAUAUCUCAGAGAACGUCAAGCAACGUUAGAAAAUCAGAUCAAUGCCCUGGAGCCUGAACUCAAACAAAUGAAGAUGAACUAUGAAAAAUUCAGUUUAGAGAUCAAGUCACUUACACAACAACAGCCAGAUCUUCUGAAACAACUGAAAGCUCAAGAAGCCAAAGCAAGAGCUACAAAAUCUGAUGAAGCUCAGGUGAAAAAAUUAACAGCCAUCGUAGAGGCAAGAAAAGCAGAGUAUGAGGAAGCUUUUGAAGUGGCAGGAAAGCUACAGGUACAAGUUGAUAAACUGACCAGCGAAAUAAAAGAGAAAACCAUUGGAAAGAUGAAAAAAAUGGAUAAGUCCAUUAACGAAGUUGUGGAUACAAUGAACAAACUCAAAACUGAGAUUAAUAAAUUGAAAGUGGCUGUCAAAACUGCUGAAAGGAAUGCUAUUAAAUCAGCUGAAAAAAUAAGUACCAUGGAACAAGAUAUCAAAAGCUGUGAAACUCGACUAAAAGAAAUGAGUGUUCAACGGAAUGAAAUUGAAUCAGAUGGGGCAAAGCUACUCAAGUGCUUAGAAGAGAUUGAAGUUGAGCUCAAUAGUGGCGACUAUGAAUUUGGAGGUAUCAAGGCUGAGGUUGAAGCACUCAAAAAAAAAUUGAACAAAUUGAAAUCAGAAGAAGUGGAUAUUGAUCAAAAAAUAAAGACAGCGAACGAAAAAAUUAACAAUGUUAAAUCUGCCAUGCAUCAGUGGCAUGUGAAGGUUACUCAGUUAAAACUUCAAGAUAUACCUGAAACGACUUUGGAGGAACUGAAAAAAUACACCAAAGAAGAACUUGAGGAAAAAAAUUUGGAAAUUGUUGAGAAAGACUUGCGGAUUGCUGAAAAUAAACUCAAAUCAGAAAAACCCAACCUUGGAGUCAUUCAGGAAUAUCGGAAAAAACAGGAUAGAUACAUGGAAAGAGCAAAGGAACUGGACGAAAUAUCUCAAAAACGUCAAGAGGUGAAAAACGUGUACGAUAAUUUGAGGGAACAAAGGAAAACGGAAUUCUUAACAGGCUUUCAAACUAUACGAAUGAAGCUCAAAGAGAUGUACCAAAUGAUCACGUUAGGUGGAGAUGCCGAUUUUGAGUUGGUGGACACAUUCGACCCAUUUACAGAAGGAAUACAGUUCAACGUGAGACCACCGAAAAAAUCAUGGAAAAAAAUUUCAAAUUUAUCAGGUGGAGAGAAGACCUUGUCUUCUUUAGCGUUAGUGUUUGCUCUUCACUAUUACAAACCGUCUCCUUUGUAUGUCAUGGAUGAAAUUGAUGCUGCUUUAGAUUUUAAGAAUGUUUCCAUUGUGGGACAUUAUAUAAAGGAUCGUACAAAGAAUGCUCAAUUUAUAAUUAUCUCUUUGAGAUCUCAAAUGUUUGAACUCUGUGAUCAUUUAAUCGGUAUCUACAAAACCUACAAUUGUACAAAAAGUAUCGCCAUUGAUCCAAGGAUUUAUGAUGAAAAAGAAGAAGACCAGGUGGUUCCCACAGCACAACAUCAAAGACUUCAACCUUCUCAAGGGACUAGGAACUCUGCUACUGUUAGAACACAAAAUGAAACACAACAACCAAUGCAAGAGGAAACACAAAAUGAAACACAAGAGGAAACACGAAAUGGAGCACAAGAGGAAACACACAAUGAAACACAAGAGGAAACACAACAGCCAAUGCAAAAGAAAACACAGAAUGAACAACAAUCAAUACUAGAAGAAACUCAACAAUCAAGAAGAUUAGAUACUUCUAGUGAUUUAGAGAAAAUGGAUACCAGCUCAGAAUUAGAAGAAGACAAUUCUGAGUCCCCACAGAGAAUAAUAGAAGAUUCUUUUGAAGCAAUGGAUACCGAUUGAUCUUCAUUUAUUUUUUAUAUAUUAAAUUUUUAUUUUUGAA